ACGGCAUCCUACCACCAGCUUCCGGCAACGAACCCUUUCUUCCUGAAGUGAAUGAUGACGACGAAAAAUCGAAACUUGCCAUGUCUCUUUCCUACUCUGGUCAUCAUAUACCUGGUCGAUAUCUAUGUGUCAUAGUGGAGCCGUAUCCUCCGCUUCCACCAGAACAGUUACCUAGAGCAUCUACUGUAGAGCCACCUGAAGUGCGGUUCCGCACAGGGCCUGCAGUUCCCAUAUUGCAAGGGGUCAAUAAUGUUCCGCUCAGCUCCCGAGCAGGCUCCGUUCGAUUUCGGUCGACUACACCACUAUUUUUACCAGAAAAUGAAGACGAUGGGGUUACGGAAAUCCCUUCGGGUCAUGGCGGACAGACCAGGGUACUGCCACCUGUCCCACUAUUUGGUCGAGUCGAGCGUGACGAAGGAGAUUCUGAUGGAGAAGCCGGGAAGGGACUACUCGCGUUUAGUCAAGCUUUAGCUCAGGUGGGACAUGAGGAAGGAGGUGAUGAUUCAGAUGAAGAUUAUUUGAGAGGGGAUGCCGACGAAAAUCCACGAAUGUUAGAUUGA